UGUUCAUGUUCCAUUGUACGUGUCCGUGUUCACCUGGACCAUCUCCUCUCCCUCCCUUCUCUCCCUCCAAGCUCCAGCCCUAACCCUAAUAGCCACCACCAAUGACACCAUCCACAACCCCCUUCGAAUCUCCACUACCCAAAUUCUCACUUUCCUCCAACUUUUUCUCAAAAAUUGUCCUCAAACUACACCUAACUACCUUACUCUCCAAACCCCCAAGACCCGUCCUUUCCUUCAAAACUCUCUGUUCUCACUCCUCCAUCCCACCUGACCACUCUAAAACCGUAACCCUAAUCUACCUUCUCCGCGCAAUCCCCGACUGGGCUGACAGCGUAAAAGAGCACGGAAUGCAGCAAAAGCGCUCUCUUUACACCCACAAGAAAUGGGUCGAACACAGACGUUCCCUUCGCCACAUCCGCCACUUACUCUGCAGUCUUCAAUCGCGAGUCAUAUUAUCAUUAAUUCCUCCAGUGAUUGCCUUCACUUCAGCGGCUGCCGUCAUAGCUGUCUAUAAUUCUGCGGUGGAGAUGCAUUUAUUGCCGUGGCUUUUCCCUGUUUUGAGGGCUUCUUCUCUGCCCUAUCAGUUGACAGCUCCGGCAUUGGCGCUGUUGCUGGAUUUUAGGACGGAGGCUUCUUAUUCGAGAUUUGAAGAGGGAAGGAAAGCCUGGACAGAGUGCCAUGUGAUUUAUGGUUCAGAUAUUGUCCGAGACCUCAGGAAUUUGCUUGAAGUAGAUGAUCUAGCAGUGGUACUCAGUUCUAGGCAUCGGCCUCCCUGCAUUAUUGAAUUCAUUUCCCAAUGCCUUCAAUUGCUCAACUUAGAGGAAUCACAGAAAAAUCAGCUUGUAUUUUCCUUGUCAGGAGUCAAAGAUCUCAUGUUUGCAGGAAGGAAUUGGUGUCUGUUAACAACUCAUGGGAAUUCCCAUUCCACUCUCAUACACCCGCUCGACAUCAAGAUUUCUGGUCCUUUGGCAUCUCACUCUUCCUAUAAUACUUUGGGAUGA